AUGAGCGACCCUGAACCUGUAAACGACGAAGAGCACUUCGACGUCCUCACCAAAACUGGUCAGAAAACUGGCCUAUCCAAACCCAGGGGAGAUGUUCAUAGAGAUGGAGAUUACCAUCGAGCUGUUCAUGUGUGGAUUUUUGCAGAGAGUACACAAGAACUACUUCUCCAACGACGUGCUGACUGUAAGGAUUCAUGGCCUGGGUUGUGGGAUAUCUCCAGUGCUGGUCAUAUAUCUGCUGGGGAUUCAUCCCUUAUCACAGCCAGGAGGGAGCUUCAGGAAGAACUGGGUGUAAUCCUUCCAAAAGAUGCAUUUGAAUUGUUAUUUGUGUUUCUUCAAGAGUGGUUGGUAGAUCAAAACCCCUUGUCCUCUGAUGCUACUAAAUGCUCUUAA